AUGGUUAGAAAGCAGCAGCAGUAUACUCUGAAUGUGGAGCAAACUGCGGCGGAGCAGUUAUUAAGGCAUCCACACUGUUCACCCGAAGGAGCGCACUGUGGCUGCAGGUCGCACUAUGUGGCGUGUGAGCUGCACGGGGUUACGAAAAACCCAUGUUCACUCUGGAAAAUAUUUCUAAUAUGUCUGCUGGCUUGCCUGCUUGCCACAGCCAUUACAGCUCUGGCCCUUUAUUUUCGCCCCUUUGGCAACCCCACCAACACCACCAUCAUCAUAAACACGGAUGGGAGGCCCAGCCAGGAGCCCUGCACUUCAGCAUCCACACCGUCUCUUACCUCAACACCGUCACCUGGAUCUGAGACCACGGCACCUUCUACUAGUAUAACCACCCCAGCCGCGACUACCACCACGCCCACAACGACCACUACAGUAACGACUAUCGCCACCACAGAACAUGAAGCCAUUAUUGAAUAUGAUUACCUAGUGUAA